AUGAUCCAAAUGUUAAACAAAGCAAGCUUUAGCCCGAUAUGCCAUUUGGACCAGAGUCUUGGCUUGAUCUGUGAUGAAUGCCCUGUUGGGUACUCAGGACAGCGCUGUGAGAGGUGUGCGGAAGGCUAUUUUGGACAACCUUCUGUACCUGGAGGAUCGUGUCAGCCAUGCCAAUGCAAUGACAACCUUGACUUCUCCAUUCCUGGCAGCUGUGACAGCUUGUCUGGCUCCUGUCUGAUAUGUAAGCCGGGUACAACAGGCCGGUACUGUGAGCUCUGUGCUGAUGGAUAUUUUGGAGAUGCGGUUAAUGCAAAGAACUGUCAGCCUUGUCACUGUAAUGCCAACGGCUCUUUCUCUGAGGUCUGCCAUCCUCAGACGGGACAGUGUGAAUGCAAACCUAAUGUGCAGGGGCGGCGGUGUGAUGAAUGUAAGCCCACUAUGUGGUGGGACCCAAAGAAGCGAUUCUGUGUGUCCUGUGGAUGCAAUCCCAUGGGCUCUGUGACCCCGCGGUGUGAUAUCACAGGAAGAUGUGUCUGUAAAUCAGGCUUCGUAGGGAAACGAUGCAACCUCAACAGGCAGGUGCAGCGACAGGAGGAGCAGCCACAGAGAGCGCAGUGGGUGCUGGGGUCUCCCCAGAGGUGGGGUGCCAGCAGCUCCAGCGGAUGCCCUCGGGGAGCCUAUCGGCCUGCGGCUCCGCCUGAGACCUUUGGCCUCCAAUCGGCAAGAGGGUGCGUCCCCUGCAACUGCAAUUCCUUUGGGUCCAAAUCAUUUGACUGUGAAGAGAGUGGUCAAUGUUGGUGCCAGCCUGGAGUAACAGGAAAAAAAUGUGAUCGCUGUGCCCACGGCUAUUUCAACUUCCAAGAAGGCGGAUGCACAGCUUGUGACUGUUCCCAUCUGGGUAAUAACUGUGACCCAAAGACUGGUCGGUGCAUUUGCCCACCCAAUACCAUCGGAGAGAAAUGUUCUAAAUGUGCACCUCAUAGCUGGGGCCACAGCAUCACCACUGGUUGUAAGGCUUGUAACUGCAGCGCAGUAGGCUCCUUGAAUUUCCAGUGCAAUAUAAACACGGGCCAAUGCAAGUGUCAUCCAAAAUUCUCUGGGGCAAAAUGUACAGAGUGCACUCGAGGUCACUGGAACUACCCUCACUGCAGUCCCUGUGACUGCUUCCUGCCAGGGACUGAUGAUUCAACCUGUGAUUUAGAGACUAAAAGAUGCUCCUGCAUUGAUCAGACUGGGCAGUGUACUUGUAAGGUGAAUGUGGAAGGGAUCCGCUGUGACAGGUGCCGGCCUGGCAAGUUCGGGCUUGAGGCCAAGAAUCCUCUUGGCUGCAGCAGCUGCUAUUGCUUUGGCGCCACUAACCAGUGCUCUGAAGCAAAAGGACUGAUCCGUGCAUGGGUGAUGCUGAAGGCUGAGCAGACCAUCCUGCCGCUGGUGGAUGAGGCCCUGCAGCACACAACUACAAAAGGCAUCAUUUUUCAACAUCCAGAGAUCGUUGCACACAUGGAUCUGGUGAGACAAGAGCUCCAUUUGGAACCUUUUUAUUGGAAACUUCCAGAACAGUUUGAAGGAAAGAAGUUGAUGGCCUAUGGCGGUAAACUCAAGUACACCAUCUAUUUCGAGGCUAGGGAAGAAACAGGUUUCUCUACAUACAACCCGCAAGUUAUCAUUCGAGGUGGAACUCCUGCUCAUGCAAGGAUUAUCAUCAGGCAUGUGGCUGCUCCUCUGAUUGGCCAGUUGACACGGCAUGAAAUUGAAAUGACAGAGAAAGAAUGGAAGUAUUAUGGUGAUGAUCCUCGAAUCAGCAGAACUGUGACCCGUGAAGACUUCUUGGAUGUACUAUAUGAUAUCCAUUAUAUUCUUAUCAAGGCUACAUAUGGAAAUAUCAUGAGACAAAGCAGGAUUUCUGAAAUCUCAAUGGAGGUAGCUGAACAAGGACGCAUCUCAGCAGCGACUCCUCCAGCUCACUUGAUAGAAAAAUGUGACUGUCCCCUAGGCUAUUCUGGCUUCUCCUGUGAGACAUGCAUGCCAGGAUUUUAUCGACUGCGUUCUGAGCCAGGUGGCCGUACCCCUGGACCAACCCUGGGAACCUGUGUACCUUGUCAGUGUCAUGGACAUAGCAACCUGUGUGACCCUGAAACCUCCAUAUGCCAGAAUUGUCAACAUCACACUGCUGGUGACUUCUGUGAGCGAUGUGCUCUUGGUUAUUAUGGCAUCGUCAAGGGAUUGCCAAAUGACUGUCAGCAAUGUGCCUGCCCUCUAAUUUCUUCCAGCAACAAUUUCAGCCCAUCUUGUAUCAUGGAAGGCCUGGGUGAUUACCGCUGCACAGCUUGCCCACGGGGAUAUGAAGGACAGUACUGUGAAAGGUGUGCCCCCGGCUAUACCGGCAGCCCAAGCAGCCCCGGAGGCUCCUGCCAAGAAUGUGAGUGUGACCCCCUUGGCUCACUGCCUGUCCCCUGUGACCCUGUCACGGGGAUCUGCACGUGCCGACCCGGAGCCACGGGACCGAAGUGUGACGGCUGUGAACAGGGGCAUGCGCGUGAGGGCAUGGAGUGUGUUUUUUGUGGAGAUGAAUGCACUGGCCUUCUUCUCGGUGACUUGGCUCGUCUGGAGCAGAUGGCCACGAGCGUCAACCUCACCGGUCCGCUGCCUGCUCCGUAUAAAAUUCUGUAUGGUCUUGAAAAUAUGACUCAGGAACUCAAGCAUUUGCUCUCACCUCAGCGGGCCCCAGAGAGGCUCAUUCAGUUGGCAGAAGGCAAUCUGAACACGCUGGUGACAGAAAUGAAUGAACUUCUGACCAGGGCUACCAAAGUGACAGCAGACGGCGAGCAAACUGGACAGGAUGCUGAGAGGACCAACACGCGGGCAGACUCCUUGGGGGACUUCAUCAAGGACCUGGCCCGGGAUGCAGAAGCUGUAAAUGAAAAAGCUAUAAAACUAAAUGAAACUCUAGGAACUGAAGACAAGCCCUUUGAGAGAAAUUUGCAAGAGCUUCAGCAUGAGGUUGAUCAGAUGAUGACAGAACUGAGGAGGAAAAAUCUAGACACACAAAAGGAAGUUGCUGAAGAUGAGUUGGUAGCUGCAGAAAGCCUUCUGAAGAAAGUGAAGAAGUUGUUUGGAGAGCCCCGGGGGAAAAACGAAGAGAUGGAGAAGGAUCUCCGGGAGAAAUUGGCAGACUAUAAAAGCAAGGUUGAUGAUGCUUGGGACCUACUAAGAGAAGCCACAGAUAAAAUCAGAGAAGCUAAUCUCUUAUCUGCAGAAAACCAGAAAAACAUGUCUGCUUUGGAGAAAAAGAAGGAGGCUGUAGAAAGUGGCAAACGACAGACUGAAAACACUUUAAAAGAAGGCAAUGAUAUACUUGAUGAAGCCCGUCGUCUUGCAGAUGAAAUCAACUCAGUCAUAGUGUACGUCGAAGACAUUCAAACUAAAUUGCCACCCAUGUCCAAGGAUCUGAAAGAUAAAAUAGAUGACCUCUCCCAAGAAAUAAAGGACAGGAAGCUGGCUGAGAAGGUGUCCCAGGCUGAGAGCCAUGCAGCUCAGUUAAAUGAUUCGUCUGCUGUCCUUGAUGGAAUCCUUGAUGAAGCUAAAAACAUCUCCUUCAAUGCCACUGCAGCCUUCAAAGCUUACAGCAAUAUUAAGGACUAUAUUGAUGAAGCUGAGAAAAUUGCCAAAGAAGCCAAAGUUUUUGCACAUGAAGCCACAGAGCUGGUGAGAAACAAAUAGUGCUGUGUACUGAGGUCAGCCUUCUCAAAUAAGUAUCUAAACUACAUUUCUCCAACUUAAGUAAGCUCUGGAAAAUCCUGCCAAAUCAGAACAUUAAUUUUAAAUUAUUUUCACAGGCUCCUUUUAAAUUUUAUCCAAAAUAAAUUCUCAGUGUGCUGUAAUCAUCGCAGAACUCUUCUCAGUUACACGCUACUUUCCACCACUAAUAAGAGUUGUAUUAUUAUCCCAGGUGACAAAUAGGUUUGUGCCACCAACUCAUAAAGGAAAAUGGCCAAACAUAAGACACUGAAGAGGGAAAUUUAUCACAGUUAUUCCAUAUGUCUUCAAUAAGAAAGUGCUUUGAAUAUUAACACCAUUGCUUAUAGUCACAUAUAAGUUGAUUCUAUGUAAAGUUUAAUAAUAAGGUGCUCAUUUUACAAAACAUGCCAAAUCAGAUACUUCUAAACUAUUAUACUAUUUUUAUCCAUUGAAAUAUUUACCUUCAAAAAAAAAAAAAGAAAUAUUUACCUUCAAAGCUACUUUUGGCUUCUGUCAUUGUUCAAAAUAGAUUUUCAAUUAAUAUGUUAGAGUUUGGGGAUUCUAGGUAUAGCACAUUAUCUGAGUAUCUUCAACAGUGACAAAUUUUUUUCCUUUACAUGUAGACAAACAUUUUGUAAACAGGCUAUGUUUGGUAAAGCUUGGCAAUACUUUUUAGGUCAACUUUCAUUUCACAGGAAUCACACGGUUAGUUAAAAUGUUCAGAUCCAUCUCUUAUUCCUUUGGCUUGACACAGAAUCCUCCAAAUACAUCAGAAUUUCAGGAGGAAAAAAACUUGCCUGGACAUUUGACUGUUAAUGAAAUAUGCAGAAAUAGUGGGUGUUGAAGAAACAAAUCAGUAUUUGCUUUGGUAUUUAGCACAAUUGCUUUCUUGGAUUUCAGAGAUAGCAGAGGUAUUUGCCACAUACUUAGAUGGUUUAUUUUAUGGUCAUAGUGAAAACAUCAUAUUCCAUCAGCAAUUACUACUGUUUGGUUUCUCUGGAAUGACUUUACUAAUACUGUGUGCUCUGUUUAUUUCUUAUUCAAAGUCAUGACACUAUUAUUACAAAAACGUACCUAUGUUCAGUUAUCCUUUCAAAAUGAACCAUUUUUCAUAUCUAUUUGAAGAUCCUAAUCUUUGAUUUCACCAUUUUCAUCUGACCUAAGUCUUACUGGAUGUUUUCAGCAUCUAGGACAGUGCCUGACAAAUCAUAGGCCUGGGUGAGUGAAUGCCUGUCAUUCUAAUCGACACUUUUCAUGCUUGUUUACAAAAUUUUGUACAAAUAAAAAUCUCAAUAUUA